UGGCUGCUCACGGGUAACACGUGUUGUGUUGGGUUUUGUAACUCUUUACGAUUGAUUACRAAACAAAUAGUCAAUAUUUUCUACUGGUGCAGGCAAGACUGUAUAAAGGUAGGUCACCAAACAGGCAUGGCUCAUACUUGCAUUCACUGGUUCCGCAAGGGGCUUCGACUGCACGACAAUCCAGCACUUGUGGCUGCAUUGCGGGRCUGCAAGGAGAUCUACCCUGUGUUUGUUCUGGACCCCUGUGCCCYCAACAACGUCAACAUUGGCAUCAACCGAUGGAAGUUCCUCAUAGGAGCCCUUAAAGACUUGGAUUGCAGCCUGAGGAAACUCAAUUCUAGGCUGUUUGUGGUGAGAGGUAAUCCAGAGGAGGUCUUUCCUAAGCUGUUCCAGAAGUGGAAGGUGACGCGGUUGACGUAUGAGUAUGACACAGAGCCCUUCAGCCUCCGCCGGGACAAGGAGGUGGUCCGGUUAGCUGAAGCGCAUGGAGUAGAAAUCAUCUACAAAGUCUCCCACACACUCUACAACAUAGACAGGAUAAUUGAAGAGAACAACGGAAAGGCUCCCCUGACUUACAAUCGGCUGCAGACCCUUGUCAGUAGUAUCGGUCCCCCCAAAAGGCCUAUCCCCGCUCCAACGAGUGAUGACAUGAAGGAUGUAAAGACUCCGUGCUCAGAAAAACAUGAGGAAAACUAUGGCAUCUCCACGUUAGAGAAGUUGUAUCAGGAUCCAGAGUCUUUGACUGAGGAGCUGUUCCCCGGUGGAGAGCAAGAGGCUCUGCGGAGACUGGACCAACACAUGGAGAGAAAGGAAUGGGUGUGUGACUUUGAGAAACCACAGACGUCCCCAAACUCCCUGAGCCCCAGCACCACCGUCCUCAGCCCUUAUAUGACAUUUGGCUGCCUGUCAGUACGCACCUUCUGGUGGAGUCUAACCGACGUCUACCAAGGGAAGAAGCACUCCCAGCCUCCCGUCUCGCUGCAUGGCCAGCUGCUGUGGAGAGAGUUCUUCUACACAGCCGGCCUGGGCAUCCCCAACUUUGACAAGAUGGAGGGAAACCCGGUGUGUACACAGGUGGACUGGGACAGCAACUCUGAGUAUCUGGCUGCAUGGGCAGAGGCCAGGACUGGUUUCCCCUUCAUCGAUGCCAUCAUGACCCAGCUGAGGCAAGAGGGCUGGAUCCACCACCUGGCCCGGCACGCCGUGGCCUGCUUCCUGACCAGAGGAGACCUUUGGAUCAGCUGGGAGGAGGGCCAGAGGGUAUUUGAGGAACUCUUAUUGGAURGAGACUGGUCCCUGAAUGCUGGGAACUGGCAGUGGCUCUCUGCUAGUACUUUCUUUCACCAGUUCUUCAGGGUCUACUCGCCCAUCGCCUUUGGGAAGAAAACGGACAAAAACGGAGACUACAUCAAGAAAUACCUGCCCCACUUGAAGAAGUACCCAGCUCAGUACAUCUACGAGCCGUGGAAGGCUCCCCGCAGCGUCCAGGAGGCAGCAGGGUGCAUCGUAGGUAAGGACUACCCGCGGCCCAUAGUGGAGCACGAGGUGAUCAGCAAGAAGAACAUCCAGAGGAUGAAGGCAGCCUAUGCAAAGAGAUCCCCACAUUCCAGUGAUGAGUCACCCAGCAAGAAGGAGAAAGGUAGAAAACACAAAGCGCCAUCUGUAUUGGAUAUGCUGAUAAAGAAGAAGAAAUGAUAGAGUUAAUGAUAUUGUUUUGGAGAAGUGUUSAUCUACUCCAAUUAGAGCUUGAGUGGAAGCUGCCAUGUUACAUUUUGUCUCGGUUUACAUGUCACAUUUACAUUAUGACUUUCAAUGUAUGGGAAUUGGUGGGCUUUUUCCCCAGUGUGUGCUGAAAAUAAAAACUAUUUGGCUAAACAUUCAAACAA